UCAGGGUAGGGUCAUAAAAACGCUUCACAGCUCUCCACUGUAUCAAGUAUCUUCGCGACGGCACGAUCUGCAACCAACUCACAGAAUGGAAGAAAACAGUGAAAGCAGUGCCCCUCCUAGGCGCGAAAUAACGGAUAAUACAGGUGUAUCUGGCACCGAGGAUGUGUUACGCCGACAGAUUCUUGCUGAGCGGAUAAAAAACCAGACCCAGAAACUUAAGAAAGAUGUGGUCCAGCAGCUGAGCUCGGAGUUGGAACAGUUGCUGCAGGACUUUGUGACAGAAGUGGAACAUCUGGGACACAAUGGUGACGCCAAUGACAAUUACACAUCCUUCCCCUCCAAAGCAGAGAAGAGGCGUCACACGGGAGAACUUCCUGACAAAGUGUUCCAUCUGCGUAGAUCCAUGCUCACGGAGUUAUUUGAAAUUAGCCACAUUAGGACAAUCUACCAUAUCUUUGUGGCCAUAUUAAUUGUGUUUAGCCUGAACACAUUUGUGUAUGAUCUCGUCAAUGAAGGGAGACUAAACCUUGACUUUGGGUUAAUGAAAUGGACACUAGGAAAGUUUCCGAAAGUGAUGGCCUUGUGGGUCUGUAUGACUCUCAGCACACUGGUCAUAGUCUAUCCAACAUUUUACUACUGGGUAGCAAACAGGACGCCUGGCCCUGUCAAUAAGACAGACAUGUUUGCCCUUGGCCUAUUUGUGCUGUACCAGAUAGCGUUCAUAGUGUUACCUAAUCAUUACAUCAUGGAGCACCAAAUUCCUCCAGCGUCAGCAGUUAUCAUCACUACGGAACAGGUGCGAUUGAUUAUGAAGGUCCAUGCUUUUGUGAGGGAAAACAUUCCAAAAGUACUAGCAAGUAAUAAAAAAGAUGAUGGCGAUGUUGACAAGAAAACCAACCUCUGUCCAGAUUUCUCUAAAUACCUCUACUUCCUGUUUGCUCCAACACUAGUAUACAGAGAUUCCUAUCCCAGGACGAAGACAAUACGUUGGAAUUACGUGGUAACAAACUUCGCCCAGGUGCUUGCUUGCCUCCUGUACACUUACUACAUCUUUGAGAGAUUCUGUGUUCCUGUCUUCAACAACUUCAACAAAGACCAUGUGACCCCUAAGGCCCUCCUCCUGUCUGUAUUUGGAUGUAUGCUGCCAGGCACUCUAGUGCUAUUUAUUGCAUUCUUUGCCAUCUUGCAUUCUUGGCUCAAUGCAUUUGCUGAGAUGCUCAGGUUUGGAGACCGGAUGUUCUAUAAGGAUUGGUGGAACUCAACAACGUUUGCCAACUACUACAGAACUUGGAACAUUGUUGUACAUGACUGGCUGUAUACCUACAUCUAUAAGGACUUCCACAGGUUGCUGGGUCCACGGAACCGUGCUGGUGCGAUGGCCCUGGUCUUCCUGAUCUCAGCCGUGGUACACGAGUACAUUCUCACUGUCUGCUUCAGCUUUUUCUACCCAGUCCUGUUUGUCAUGUUUAUGGGGGCCGGCUUUACUUUCAUCUUUGUGACGGACAAAGGAGUCUCUCGCAGCUGGAAUGUAUUUCUGUGGGUGGCCCUGUUUAUAGGAAAUGGUCUGCUAAUGUGUCUCUAUAGUAUGGAGUGGUACGCCAGGAUCAACUGUCCCGUCAAUACAGAUACCUUUUUGGACUACAUCAUCCCUCGGUCAUGGACAUGCAUGAUUUGAAUGACAAAGUCAUCCAAAAGGUCAUACAUCUGUUAUGAUCCUGUAAAUCUCAGUUAUGGCCAAAGUCCAUACACUCAAAUUCUGCUGAUGUUUGUUUGAACAGACUUUCUUUCAUGGACAAAUCAUUUGACAUCUCUACACAUUAUAAUGACUUUUCAUGGACGAAUCAUCAUAUAAAUUCAUACAUUAUUAUAUCAUUUUUCAUGGACCAAUCAUCGUAUAAAUUCAUGCAUCAUAAUAUCAUUUUUCAUGGACCAAUCAUCGUAUAAAUUCAUGCAUUAUAAUAUCAUUUUUCAUGGACCAAUCAUCGUAUAUCUCCAUGCAUUAUAAAAUUAUUUUUCAUCGACCAAUCAUUUGGCAUCUACACACAUCGUAAUAUCAUUUUUCACGGACCAAUCAUUUGACAUCUACACCCAUAAUAUCAUUUGGUCACCUGAGCUUUGCUCAAGUGACCUAUUCUGAUCGCUUUCUGUCCGUCGUCGUCCGUCGUGCGUAAACUUUUUACAUUUUCAACUUCUUCUCAAGAACCAGCAGAUGGAAUUUUUUCAAACUUGGCCAGAAUCAUCCUUUGUAGAUGAGGCUACACAAUUGUAAAAUUGGGAUUCCUACCCCAACCCCUGGGGCCAGGUUAAAUAGGGAUAUAACACUU